CUGCUACUCGGGAACGCGCCGGCUCCGCAGGGGCUUACCGCUCGAAUUUAGGCAAGCUGUCAUGGCCUCCAAACUACUCACAGCCGUAUUCUGCGCCGUGGCGACCGAUGCCCUCCCGCAAGGUGGUAUACGGCAGGCGCUGCGCGACGCCACGCUGCAGCGCACAACUCACAAGAACGCCGCCACGGCGCGCAAAACUCACAAUAACGCCGCCGUGGCGUCAGAACGCUACCUUACGCAGCGCCUCGACCACUACGACGCGUCGCUGAAGAACGCGUCCUUCCAGCAGCGGUAUUUUGUGAAUAGUACCUGGUACAAGGGGACGGGCCCGGUAUUUUUGUGCGUGGGCGGCGAAGGGCCAGCAUUGGAUGAAUCAGUGGUCAGCCGGUCUGUGCACUGCUCGGACGCGACCGAGCUGGCGCCACAGGUCGGCGCUCUGAUCGUCGCGCUCGAGCACCGCUACUACGGCAAGAGCGUGCCGCCCUCGUCAGAGCGCGGCGCUCAGCGAUUGCGGCACCUCACGUCGCAUCAGGCCGUCGCCGACAUCGCGGGCUUCCACAAGCACAUUAGCGACGAGUUCAAGCUUCCGUCGACCACAAAAUGGAUCGCGUUUGGAGGCAGUUACCCGGGCAUGGUUGCUGGCUUCUCAAGAUUACGCCUGCCGCACCUCAUCCACGCCGCCGUGUCGUCGUCUGCGCCGUGGCACGCGAAGGUCGACAUGACGGAGUACAACGAUCGCGUCGGCGCCGCGCUGGCGAACGGCGCCGUCGGCGGCUCGGAACAGUGCCAGAAGAUUGUGGUUGACGGUCACGCGAGGAUCAAGUCGCUCCUCGAGUCCUCGCGGCUCCAACGCCUCUCGCUCGCCAAAUUAUUCAACUUCUGCAACCCACUGGCCCUCGAAAAUGCGCAGACGCGCCGCGCUUGGGCUGGCUAUGGCGUGGUGUCCGUGCCCGCCCAGAGCAAUGAACCGGCCUCGACGGAUCCAGGGCAGUCGAUAGGGGCGCUCUGCUCCGUGCUCCUCGCGGCGAACGCGUCCUCGUCCGUCGACGCGCUCGCCACGCUCUCGGCGCGGCAGCGCGGCGGCCGCUGCGUCGACGCCAGCCUGUCCCGGAACUUCGAGGACGACGGCAGCGAUGCCUUGUCAUGGCCGUGGCAGACGUGCGCCGAGUUCGGGUUCUAUCAGACGUGCGAAGUGGGUUCUCAAUGCCCGUUCGCGCGCGGCUACGUGUCGGUGGCUGACGAGAUCUCGAUCUGUUCGCAGUUCGGCCUCACGGCCGACGUCGUGGCGGCCAACGUCGCGUUCUCCAAUCAAGUUUAUGGCGGCGCUCGACCCCAGGGCUCGCGCAUACUCUUCCCAAAUGGUGAUGUGGACCCGUGGACGGGCCUCGGCGUGCUCAGAAGCCCCGCGCCGACGGAGCCGGUCAUGUUGGUCGUUGGCGCGUCGCACCACGCCUGGACGCACCCCGCGGAUACGAUUGUUCAGAAGUCGGUCGCGGACGCGAAGGCGGCCAUCCAGUCCCAGGUCAAGCAGUGGCUUGCGGUGGAGUAAGUGUUGUUUAUAUGCU